GAAAUUGAAAUAUAAUAAUAUAAUUAAUUCAUAAAAAAACUAAAAAAAAAACUCUUAUUAUUAACCUUAAAAUAAAAUUUGUGUUCUUUGAAACUAAAUAAAUAAAUGAAAGUAAAACUACAAGCUACUCCUAUCCAGCUUAGAUUAGUUGCUUAAUAAUAAUAAGUAUUUAAAAAAAAAAAAAAAGGUAUUUGUUUUCAGACCCUUUGGUAGCUUACGACAAAGGUGACGACGACACGGAGCGGAGAUAGAUCAAAGACGGUGUUGUCAGAAAAGAAAUCUCAGCUAACCAUGAGCGAAGGUCCAAAGCUCUACGACAACAAACCCAAAAAAGCUCAACUGAAACAGUUUCAAGAGCAACAAAAAGGGAAGGAUUCCGCUUCAACAUCAUCAGGUGUAGCAGCAUCAUAUAAAAUGGGGUCUCAGACUACUACCAAUCCGCCACCACCACCACCACCUCAACCUCCAAAGGAAUCGUUUGCGAAGCGUUACAAGUUUCUUUGGCCUCUUCUCUUGGCUGUCAACUUUACCGUUGGAGCUUACCUUUUCACGAGAACAAAGAAAAAGGACACAGGAAUGACAGAAGAAGAUGUACCAAGAGAUGUAGGCUCAACUCCUGUUUCAACUACAACCACGCCCUCAGAUACUGAAAAGCCAUUACCUGCACCAUCUAUCACACAACCUGUGAAGUUGCCUGAACCGAUUCCUGAGAGCCAGCAGCGUGAACUUUUUAAGCAUAUAUUGGAAGAGAAAAGGAAAGUCAAACCGAAGGACCCUGAGGAGAAGAAACGCCUUGAUGAAGAGAAAGCUAUACUCAAACAUUUUAUUCGUGCAAAAUCCAUUCCUAAGAUAUGACUGAUUUGUCUAAACUUGAAUAUUGCCUGUUCUUUCAGAAUCUUGUGAGUUUGAUUUCUUGAAUUUCAAGUCUUCUUUUUCCUUAAUACUUUAGUUUUAUGAAAUCUGGUAGAAUUAUAACAUUUUCACGACGAGUACUUUCCUAAUACAAUUGUCGCCAUGUAAAUUUCAGACAUUAUUGCCUAUUCAGCCAUUCUUAAAUCUGCAAUAAAUAAUUGGAGAUUGGAUGACUACUAAUUUUGAGUCUGCACGUUGAACCCUCAGCUGUUUUGCGCCAGCAGACUUCCACAAUUGAAUUGAUCUUUGAAGCACAGUCAUACUGGUCUGUUUGAGUGACAAAUUAUUAAACUGGAUGGCCAGUUCUGGUUAAAAUAAACAAGAAUAUGAUUCAUCUUCCAAUAAUCUUGGAAGGAAUAAUGAACAAUACAUUACUUGUGAAAGGAGCG